AUGGUAUCACCAUCAUCUUCUCCUUCCGCUCCCGCCUUUUCUUCUGUGUUCUGGAAGUACGAUGUUUUUCUUAGCUUCAGAGGAGAAGAUACUCGAAAUACUUUUGUGGGCCAUCUCUACUCGGCUCUUGAACAAGAAGGUAUCUUUGCUUACAAGGACGACGAAACACUUCCCCGAGGCGAAUCGAUCCACCCAUCCCUUAUGAAGGCUAUUGAAGAAUCACAGAUAGCCAUCAUUGUAUUUUCAAAAAACUAUUGUGAUUCGUCGUGGUGUCUGGAUGAACUUUCAUAUAUUAUGAAAUGCAGGGAUACGAGAGGCCAGAUUGUUAUGCCUAUAUUUUAUGACGUGGAUCCUGCUCAAGUACGAAAACCAAAACGGAAAUACGGAGAAGUGUUUGCUAAACACGAGUUGGACAACAAAACCAAGGUUGAAUCUUGGAGAAAAGCACUCGUGGAUGCAAGUAACCUUUCUGGAUGGGAACCCAAACACAUUGCCAAUGGGCAUGAAGCAAAAGGCAUCAAACAAAUUGUAGUCGAAAUUUCAUGGAAGUUGCAGCCAGCAACUUCAAGUGCAAAUGAGAAUUUGAUCGGAAUUGAUGCUCGCUUGCAAGGUUUGAAAUUGGAGUUACAAAUUGGGUCAGGUGGUGUGAUCAUGAUUGGAAUAUGGGGGGUUGGGGGUGGUGGUAAAACUACUCUUGCAUCUUCUAUCUACAAUGAAAUUUCUACCAAGUUUGACAGCUGCUGCUUUGUUGAAAAUAUUCGAGAGGAAUCAGGCAGGUAUGGUUUGGGAAAAUUGAAAGAAAAAAUUCUUUCAGAAAUGGGAGUAAACAGAGCUGGAGGAGGAAGAUGGUUGAUAAAUAAUAGGUUUCGCCACAGAAAGGUCUUGAUUGUUUUAGAUGAUGUCGAUAACCUCGACCAGUUAAAAGCACUAGCUGGAUCACAUGAUUGGUUUGGUGAAGGAAGCCGAAUAAUAAUAACAACCCGUGAUAAACAUUUAUUAACCGCACACAAAGUAAAUGCAGUAUACAAUAUUAGAUUGUUAAACAGUGAUGAAGCUAUUAAGCUCUUUUACAAGCAUGCACCCCGGGAUAAGAGGCCUGUGGAAGAUUAUGACCAUCUUUCAAAAGAGGUGAUCACUUAUGCUGGUGGGCUUCCAUUGGCACUUACAGUUCUUGGUUCUUUUCUUUGCGACAAAGACAUUCAUGAGUGGAGGAGUGCAUUAGCUAGACUAAAAGAGAUCCCGGAUACUGAUAUUGUAGAAAAGCUAAAAAUCAGCUUUGAUGGACUUAAACCAAUUGAGAAAGAAUUGUUCCUAGAUAUUGCAUGCUUUUUUAGGAGGGAACGGAAAGAUAAGGCAAUGAAGAUCCUUGGUGAAUGUGGUUUCCAUCCGGUUAUAGGAGUAAAGGUGUUGAUACAAAAGGCUCUCAUAACUAUUUCAGAAUAUGGUGAGUUUGAUAUGCAUGAUCUUGUGCAAGAAAUGGGACAUCACAUUGUUAGAGGGGAACACCCUAACAAUCCUGAAAAACACAGUAGGAUCUGGAAGGAGGAAGACGUUCUGAAAAUAUGUGCUAUGGAUGCAACUACGGAACUUGAGAUGAUUGAAGCAAUAAAAGUUAGAUACAAUAUGGCUUAUUCUUAUCUGCCAAUUGCUGCGAACAUGAAGAACCUUAGGUGGAUUGAAUAUGCCGGUGAAUUUAUGCCUAGUAAUUUUCCACAAAGGAAGCUUUGUCGUCUAAUUUUGUUUAACAGCUUGCAAAAACAACUUUGGGAGGGUUAUAAGUUGCUGCCAUAUUUGAAGACAAUUGAACUCCGUCAAUUGGAUAACCUAAUCAUGACACCAGAUUUUGAUGGACUUCCAAAUCUUGAAAGAUUCAUUCUUGAUAGAUGUUGGCGUUUAAAAGAGAUUCAUCCAUCGAUUGGACGCUUGGAAAAGCUUAUUCUCAUAUGGAUCCAAGAAGAGAACAAGGAGAGUUUACCACAUGUUCAUUUGGAUGAUAAUAGUGGGAGUGAAGUUGCAUCCUCUAUAGGAUCUUGUCCAGACUUUUUUGUUAAUUGUUGGAGGUGUGGUUGCAGCAAUCUUCCUGGUGUUGAAUGUUGUUUAAUGGAGCCUUCUUCCCCUCACAACAAUGUGAAGCAUUUUUUGCGUGACAUCAAUAUGAACCACAUAGGGUUACGGUUCUUUCUCAAGAACUUGAGAAAGUUGGAUCUUAGCUUCUGCAGUUUGGGAGAUAAAGAAAUCGGCUCUGCUGUUUGGGAGUUACCCAACUUGCGGAAACUCUAUCUAUCAGGAAAUCACUUUUCACAAUUAAAUUUUAGUUUCCUGCAAGUUCCUCAGCUCAAACUGCUCGACGUGUCAUGCUGCCAAGGCCUUGUAAAAUUGUCAGAUCUGCCAUCAAGUAUAGCUGUUGUUUUAGCAAUUGGUUGUUUCUCACUUGAAAGCUUGGGAGAUAUUUCAAACUGUAAAUGGUUGUGGAAUGUCUCAAUUCUGGGAAACAACAAACUUGUUGGUUGCAUAUUACUUGACUCCAUGCUCCAGGGAAAUGCUAUUGAAGUUUACUUUAUCAAUAUCAUUCUUAAACCUCAGGUUCCAAAUAGGUUUGUGGGUAGGUUGUUUAGGGGAACAUUUACACUGCUUCUUCCUGAUGAUUGGUACAAUGAAUAUUGUGGGUUCUUAGUAUGUGUAGUUACCCAAAUCUAUUGUCCGUGUAUUAAUAUAGUCAUGAAGCAAGAGGUAUAUGAAGAAAAUUCUCUAUUUGAGCUUUUGCGGGAGUCUAAUGAAGCAGUAGAGCCUAUAUAUGAUGGAACAAGGACAUUCAUAGGAUACGUUUCCUUUGGUUCAUUGAGGCACACUACGUUUCCAAAUUCAUCAUACAAUAUGAUUUCAUUUUCCCUAAAAGUCAUGGAUUGGAAUUUAUUGAAGAAUGGGAAUUAUGUUGGAGCUGAGCUCGUUCCUAGGAAAAGUAAAGGUGAUCAGCUGCAAACAACAAAAGUUGCAACAGAUUCCUCGGAAUUUUUGGACGAGGAGAAAGUUUAUGCUAGAAAGACAUUUACGAUCCAAGUCCAACAUGAUUCAAAAUCUUCUAUUAAUAUUAUAUGGCGACCUAUGGAGAACAGGUUCUGA